UUUGUCAAUCAGUGUCAUAAAUGUCACAAUUACUGUUUUUAGUGUUGACUUUUGAGUCGGUCAAAUUUAAAUAAAUGAUUUAUUGUGUUAAUUAAUUUACUAUGACAUCAAUAGUUAAGCCUUAAAUAUACUUAGUUCCAAGGAUACAGUUAACUUUAGACAUUUAAUGCAACAGUACCUAUAUAAACAAUAUCUAUAUAAUAAUUCCAUAUUGGAACUUAACCUAACCCGAGAGCUAACUAUAAAAUAUAGCGUUAUAAAAUGUCUAACACAAUAGUUCAAUACAUUUUGUUGAGAACGGAUUUGUUAAAGGAGCUAGGAUGGUCGAUAGGCUCAGUGGUAGCUCAGGCUUGCCAUGCAUCAACAGCUGUUCUACAUUUAUACAAAGAUGAUGAACACACUAUACAAUACUUGAGUGAUAUGGAUAAUAUGCACAAAGUUGUUUUAGAGGUACCAAAUGAGGAAUCAUUGAAGAAAGUAGCUGAAAAAUUAAAAGAGAAUUCAAUAUCACAUAAAUUAUGGAUAGAACAACCAGAAAAUAUUCCCACAUGUUUAGCAAUGAAGCCUUAUCCAAAAGAUGAGGUCAAAAAGUUUGUGGGAAAAUUUAAAUUGUUGAAACUGCAAAUCAAUUCUUGAAUGUUUCUGUAAAAGUGUGUAAAGUAAAUUAUAAAUAUCUAUUGUUUAAAA